CGAGAAUUACUGCAGUGUGCUUGUGAAUUCACUAUGCAGGUCGAAGUCAAUCCCAACGAGGACACCGAAUGGAAUGAUAUCCUUCGUCAACAUGGAAUCAUCCCCGAGAAACCACAAGACCCCGAGCCAUUGAUCCAAGAAGCUCUGAUCGCGGCAGAACACAAAGCGUAUGAGAACCGACUCGAGGACAAGGACAUUGAUGAACUGGACGCACUCGAGGAUGAGGAGGAUGAGGGCUUCCUCCAGCAAUAUCGCCAAAAACGCUUCGCAGAGCUCUCCACCCUCCAACAAACCAGCCUCUUCAACCAAGUCUACCCACUGCAAAAGGUAGACUAUGCCCGCGAGGUGACCGACGCCUCAAACAACGCCUUCGUGCUAGUCAACCUGACCUCCCAAGGUGCCAACGUUGAGUCGCGCGUGCUGACAGAGCUGUGGCGGCAAGCGGCCACCAAGUUCGGCGACAUCAAGUUCUGCGAGAUUCGCGCCGACAUGUGUAUCGAGGGAUACCCGGAGAAGAACACACCCACGAUCCUAGUGUACAAGGACACCGAGAUCCGGCGACAGCUUAUCACACUGCGGGAAUUGAAUGGCCCGCGGACGAAGCUGCCGGAUCUGGAGAAGUUACUUAUUGAAAUUGGAGCGCUGAAGGAGAGUGAUGUUCGUCUCAAGAAGCGCGAGGGGGACGAGGAUUACCUCAAGGAUGAUGAGCUCAAUGUUGAGGAUUACGAUGACGAUUGGGAUUGA